GAGACGCAGCCGCUGCUGAGGAGUGGAGAAGUGCGCAGGGGGCGCAGGCGAGCUCGCGGUGAGUCCAGCUGGUGUUUUACUGGGAUCUGAGUGUGGAGCGGAGCGCUCUCAGAACUCCUCACGGGCGGCGAGAUGUCCAACAACAGCGCGAGUAACCUGGUCAUGGUCCAGAAAAUGGUGAAGCAGCUUCGGCUGGAGGCGAGUGUGCGGCGGAUAAAGGUGUCCCAGGCUGCUGCUGACCUGAAGGCGUUUUGCUUGCAAAAUGCCCAUAAGGAUCCGCUGCUUGUGGGGGUCCCAUCCAGUGAUAAUCCGUUCCGCCCACCGAAGUCAUGUGAACUCUUCUGAGUAAAGAUGAAGAAGACCUCAGAAACAUUCCCCUCCACUCAUUCUUAAUGACGCUCAGCGCUGGAUCAACACUACCCUUUAACUUAAAAAUUCCUUUUUGUUUUUACAUCAGUAAUAAUUCCAUUCAUUCAUAUUUGCAAUACUGUUUCUAUUACUGUGCCAUUAAGAGUGCUGUAGAAGUCUGUAAACAAGCUCUGUUCUGAUUGGCUCUCCUGUAUUGUGCCUUAUUCAAGAUGUCUGGGCUGAAACAUAUUUGUCAGUGUAAGUGUGCUGGGUUUUAUAACAUCACAAAAGCAAGUUAAAACCAAGUUUGUUGAUUUUGUUUUGUGCAGUUCACUGUCCAUAUGUGGACUAUAUGAACUGGGGAGUGAAUGAUAUCUUUUGAAGCUAUGACAAUGUUUACAUCCUUUUUUUUUGAAAACCAUCAAGUUGGGAAAGUUGUCUGUGAUAUGGGCUGUUUAAGAAAAGUGAUUAUUUUUGUUAUUUUGCAUCAGUUACUGUAAAUCCAGGAUGUGUCCUAAAAGCGCAAGUGUGGUGAUAACAGUUGGAAGAAAAGGAAACGUGAAGUUCUCAGGCUUUUAAUUCUAAACACAAAAUUGUCUUACUUUCCUGUCUCUAGUUUUUCUUGUCUAUGUAUUUUCUUGCCUUGUUUUUUUUUAACUAUAAUCAAAUUCACUAAAUUGUAAUAAUGAUGGAAAAUUAAGAGACACUAUAUGACCUCUUUGUUGUAGUGUAUACUAGGGAUACAAUUCAGUAUAUCAAAUUAUAUUGUGAUUACUGCAAGUAAGGCAAUAUAUUGCAAAAAAUCAUAGUAUAUCAAAACACACACUUAUUAUAUAAAUAAAAUGUGAAUUAAAGGAAACUACUUUAUGCAUCUAUAACAGUAAAACACUGCUAUCUAGUGGGUGGGAUUUUAACACAACACAGUAUGAACCAUUAAAACUAAUUAAACAAAUCUAUUAUUGCAAUAAUAUAUUAUUGCAAAACCAUAUAUCAUGUUUUGGUAUGAUAUUGCUUUUUUAAAACCCUAAACAAUCACUUUGUGUAUACCACAUGGUUGAAAAUCUAAGUACUUUGAAGAUUUAAAGCAAAAAAACUAAUAGACAUGACUGAUAACUGAUAGAUCAACCAAAAUAUGUUUAAUUUCUGAAAUUUGCUUUGUUAGUUUAUGACGCUAUGCUAAUAAUUACACCUUGUAUACACAGAUAGCCAUAUAUUUUAAAUUUUAUCAUAUGAAUAAACGUAAAUACUGUUCUAUUGCAAAUAUAUAUUUUUUAGAUUUAGACACAAUCCACAAUUCCAUGACUUGCAGAGUACACUACCGAGGGAGUAUUGGGUAUGUUGGGAUGAUUAUUCUAUUUUCUUCCUUCUUUGUGGUGUGUUGAUGUCUCUGUUUAUGAGGUACUACAGACCUGCCAACAUUUUCACAUUUUGUGUAAUGUGCACGCAUUUUGACAUCCUAGUACACUUGUACAAUACGUUUUAUAAAAUAUGCAUAUUGUUUGCCAGUUUCAGUCAGGUUGUCACUGACACAAGCAAAGUGCUUUCAGCCAAUCAGAGCACUUCAUGUUCAUCCAACCACCCCACGUCUGCUAGCUUCGAACUUUAGUCAGAGCCCUUAUAAUGAUGAUAGUGCUGUCAUGCUGUUUAUCGACAUGGCCGGUAAGCAUAAACACUAUUCCAGCAAACUAAUUAUGGAGCCAUCCACUACUUUUAUUCACACUUAAUUUUCCUCCAAACUUUCAGCACAUUUCUUCAAGGUUGGCAGGUCUGGGUACUAUUACCCCUUACAGGGCCAUAUUGCUCAGCCCUACAUGGUGUGUGCCAAAAUAAUAGGAUUUAUAUACUGAACGAUCAGGUUUUACAGUUUUUCUACUUUUUAAAUGCACUGUAAACUGUCAGCCCCUUGAUGCCUUGAUAUACAGCUAUGCACUGUGAAUGCACAUCCAAUAAAAUGAAAUAAUAAUGUU